GCACCCGAGUUACCAGUAUAUGAAAGAAGAAAUUGGUUGAUACAUUUACACUAUGUUCAGAAAGAUUUUACAACUUGUAAAGUACUAAUAAAAGAACAACUUGCUGAAUGUGGUGGCAUGUGUGAAUAUGCUGUCUAUGUUCAAGCUUUAAUAUAUCGUCAAGAGGGGAAGAUACAAGAAUCAUUAGAGUUAUUUCAAACAUGUACUUUACUCAAUCCUAAUAGUGGAGAAAAUUUAAAACAAGUAGCUAGAUCAUUGUUUCUACUAGCACGCCAUAAAGCAGCUAUAGAUAUUUAUAUGGAGGCUGCGACUAUUAAUCCUAAAGAUUGGGAAAUCUGCCAUAAUUUAGGAGUAUGUUAUAUGUAUCUGAAAGAUUAUGUUAAGGCCAAGGAAUGCUUUAAACAGGCAUUGGAAAUAAGGAGACAUGAUAUAACCUAUAUUAUGUUAGGCAAGUUACAUCUUAUGGAUGGUGACAUGAAUUCAGCUAUUGAAGUAUAUAAAAGUGCUGUAGAAUUUUCUCCAGAAUCUCCUGAUCUCCUGACAACACUAGGUUUACUAUACAUGCAGGUUAAUCAAUAUCAGAAGGCUUUUGAGAAUUUGGGAAAUGCAUUGACCUUUAACCCUCAACACACUAAAGCUAUAAUGGCAGCAGGAAGUAUGAUGCAAGGACAUGGUGACUGGGAUGUAGCGUUAACUAAAUAUAGAAUAGCAGCUGUCAAUACGCCUGAGAAUCCUCCAUUAUGGAAUAAUAUUGGAAUGUGUUUUUUCGGCAAGAAAAAAUAUGUGGCCGCUAUCAGCUGUUUAAAGAGAGCUAACUAUCUAGCACCAUUUGAUUGGAAGAUAUUAUAUAAUCUUGGAUUAGUUCAUCUGUCAAUGCAGCAGCAUGCUUCAGCUUUCCAUUUCCUCAGUGCAGCUAUUAAUUUCAAACCCAAAAUGGCUCACUUAUUUAUGUUACUGGGUGUUGCUUUAACCAACUUAGAAGAUCCAGAUAAUGCUAAACAAGCCUAUGAACAAGCUUUGUCUUUAGACCAAAAAGAUGCCACCAUACCAUUGAAUUAUGCUGUAUUUUUAUAUAAUUGUGGUGAUAAGAAGUUAGCUAGUAAAUAUCUCACUAUAUUUGGACAAAAUAUUAAAGCUUUGCCCAGUGUGGAUCAAGAGUUAUUGGACAUGGCAUCAAAACUGGCACCAGCUCUUCAAGUUGGUGAGAACUUAGUAUGG